AUGGAUGCAAAUGAAAGCUGCAUUGACAUGGAAGUUGGUUCAUCAGCCACCAUUUUUUCACCUUCACACCAUAGAGAAGAAUUUGAGUUCCACAGUUUUUCGUGCUCCUCAGGCCGAGACACCACCACUUCUCCGGCGGACGAGCUCUUUUACAAAGGAAAACUCCUCCCCCUCCACCUCCCACCCCGCCUCCAAAUGGUGGAGAAAAUCCUACAUAAUAAUUAUUCCUCUACCACUUUUGAACCAUUGCAAGAAUCUUUAUUGAGCACUCCAUUUUUCACUCCUGCAUCCAAUACUCCGUUUGAGUCGUGCAAUAUUUCUCCCGCUGAUUCUUGCCAAGUUAGCAGAGAACUCUAUCCGGACGAAUAUUUUCUUGAAUAUUCGACUGAUCAAUCGAGCACUUAUGGUUUCGAGGAAGAACCGGCCAAUUCGAACACAAACAAGUCAUGGACAAAACCUCUAAAACUUAUUAAGCAAUCCACAAUUGGAUCCAAACUCAAAGCUUCCCAGGCUUAUCUCAAAUCUUUGUUCACCAAAUCUAGUUGCUCAGUUGAGUCCUCAAGAAAUAUUGUUUGUGAAGGAUCAAUUUCAAAGGCCAAAAAAUGUGCAUUGCAACAUUCCAAGACCUCUAAAAAUAUCCCAUUUGGGCAAAUUCAGACAAAAUGUCAAAGAAAAUCAUUUUCAGGAGCCAUUAAGAGAACAUCAAAGGCUAAAUCUUCAGCCUUGUCUUCAUCAUCUAAUUCUUCGAAUUCAGGUUUGAGUUCGAGUUCAACGGAUUCUAAUGGAUUUCAGGAGACGAAGUUUUUGAACAGAAGUAUAAGUGGAAAAUCAGAGCUUGAGAACUCAAUUCAGGCAGCCAUUGCACAUUGUAAAAGGUCUCAUCAGCAAGAAAUUUCUUCAAGAAAGACUGUUAGUGAUCUUGGGUUUUGUUCAAUGUCCGCUUCGAGAGUGGUUUUUGAUGAUCAAGAAAGACCAGAGCUUUGCAGGGGUAGAGGAAGACGAGGAUAG